CCCCGAGGCAGAUUUCCAGUUCUCAGCCGCCACCUUUCACAGAACCUAUCCCUUGACGUCGAGGACCAGCAGCCAGAGGAUGCGGUCAAGCAUCCUAUUCAGCAUACUGUUUCAGGAAAUCGAACUGUCAUCAGCUGUUGUGGUCCAGAAGGACGAUUAUGUUCUGUUACUAUGUAUGAGGUUUUAUUUUGUUUUAGCAAGAGGCAGAAACCCCCCAGUGAUGCUGCAGCCGUCCCAGCCUUUAAAUACUUUGGGGAUGUGCUUGCCAGCAUUCCCGAAAGAGCACUGGGAAAGCACCAGGAAAUCACAGAACCGUUUAGGCUGGAAAAGAGCUCUGACAUCACCGAAUCCAAGCUGUGCCCAUCCCCACCUUGUCCCCAGCCCAGAGCCCUGAGUCCAGGACAGCUCCAGGGACCCCAAACCUCCCCGGGCAGCCCCUUCCAGUGCCCGGCCUCCCUUUUCAUGUGGGAAUUCCUCCCGAACCCCCCUGGUCCAGCUCCCAUCCCAUUGCUGGAUCAGAGCCUGCCCCAAUGAAUUUUGGGGUUGUCACCACAUCCUCCAUCCCGUUUUUCAGGGCGGUGACAGUGAGUACGAGGUGGACCUGGGGCACCAGAAGGGCAUCUCCCGGGCACAGGCUUACAGCUACACCGAGAGCGAUUCGGGCGAGCCCGAGCACACCCCGCUCUCCAACAGCACCUCCACGCAGCAGGGCAGCCUGUUCCGCCCCAAAGCCAGCAGGACUCCCACCCCCCAGACCCCCGGCAACGCCCCCAGCAGCCAGCCUGGGACCCUGUACCGCCCUCCCAGCAGCCUGGCCCCCAGCUCCAGAGCUCCCAUCACUGGGUUUUCCUCUUUCGUUUGAUAUUUAAACAGAAGGGGGAAAAUAAACUAACAGGAGAGGGGGGAAAAAUUAGGGAAAAAAAAGAAACGAAAAGAAAAGCCCCAAGACAGUAAGAGAAAAGGAAAAAGCAGCAAGGAGGAGGAAGGGGAGCAGCCCCAGGGGUUUUCUGCUUUCUGGGCAGCACCGGAGCUGGAUGCCAAGGUCAGGUCCCCUCCUUAGCCAAAGUGUCACAGACUCCUCGGGCGGGGCUCGGGCUGUGCUGACAUCACCCUUGGCACCCACGGGAGCCACCCCGGACCUGCUGCUGGACUCCAGUGGGUGCUGGGGGCUGGGUGAGGGGCUCCUGCCGUGCCAAACCCCGGCCCCUCCACUCGUGGCUCCCCCAGGACAUGGGGACAAGCGGUGACACAGAGACCCCAAACUAAAGAGGGCGAGAGGAGUUCUGCUGAUCUCAAACCUCUGGACUUGAACCCUGCACUUGGCACCCCCACAGCCUUUGGGGGAAGGAUCCCAGGGCACAAUUCAUUCCCCCCCUCCUUGGUGCCUGGCCCAGCACAGCCCCCCCAGGAGAACCCAGGACUGAAACCCCCGGAGAGCCCCAGUGGGUGCACGUGGUGCUCAUCCCCUCUGACUUUGCACCUCGGGGGCUCUGGGGAGGACUCGGAUGAAGCAAUUGGAGCCUCCCCUUGGCGUUUCUGGGGGUUUGGGGGUUUUCAGUGGGGUUUUGUGCAGAGGCCUGAGGGCAUUUUGGGGGGUGUGGAUGCCCGGGGGCGGUCUGUGGCCAUUUUGGGGUUUCUGCACAGCACAGCCCCCACAGUGCCUAUGGGUGAGCCAGCACCAGCCUGGCAGGGCCGUGGCACCCGGCCUGAGCCAAGGGAGAUGCCGAUAACCAUCCUGAGGACAAGAGUGUCCCCUCUCUGGCACCUUGCUCUGCCACAGAAAGGGCCAGUGCCCCGUGUCCGUGUGUCCUGCUGCCCCACUGGGCUCGUGGCAGCCCUGUGGCACCAGGGAAGGACCCGGGGUGCCAGAGGUGCUGGGUGGAGCCCAGAAGGGUGCAGGGAGCUGUGCUGGCCGUGUCCUGCAUGUCCCCGUCGCAGAGGGGGCUGGAGCUGCUGGGAAAUGGGGGGUGGGACAGGACAGCCCUGCCAGCAGCAGCCCUGGCACUGGGGAUUCUCCUGGGCUGGGUCACAGCCGCCCUCUCCUGCUCUGCCCUUCAGGCCUGGCAGGAAAAUCCAGGUGAGGCGUUCAGGUUUCAUCAGCUGUCACCAGCUGGGGCUGGGGCUGGGGAGGGCUCAGCACAACACCAGGUCAGUGCCAGGGGCUGCACAGUCCCUGUCACAGCACCUGGGAGCCACAUCCCAGGCCAGGGGCUGCCAGGGGAGUGUUGUGCAGGUUUUGGGGUCCCUGCUGCUCCCCCUUGCACUGGGAGGGUUGGGCUGCACUGGUGGCCUUGCUGCUGAGCCACAGUCACUCUCUGUCCCCUCACAGUGUCCCCAGAGCAGCUGGCACUGCAGGUGGGUGACUCCUCUGACCCACCUGGGCAGCGCAGCACCCAGGGCUGCCGUCCCCUCCUGGGGAGCCCCCAGACCCCACUCACGGGCACAGAGGGGAUUCUGUGCCUGGCUGGACAAACCCUGCUCCUCGUGUGCAGCUCAACUCCAGCCCCAGCCAUCCCUGCUUGUGCAAGAGGGACCUUCCUCCCACGGGGCUGGGACACGGAGCGGCCGGAGACACGGGGCAGAGCAGCUCUGGGGAGUUGAGCAGCGCAGGGGAGUUCCCAGAGCAAGGAAUGCUCCUUGUGCAAGGGAUGGCACCCGUGCAAGGGACAUUCCGUGUGCCAGGCAGGCUCCUGGUGUCGGGGCCGAUCCCUGGCUGAGGGCUGUGAGCUCAGACACAUCUCCCAUCCUGGGAAGGGGGGAAUGCAGCCUUGGAUCACAUCCGUGAGGGAUCUGUGUGCGCUUUGGGACAGCCCAGGCGCUGCUCACCUGCCCUGAGCAAGCUCAUCCCUGGCUGCCAGGAGGAGCCCGAGGCUGCAGCCACACCCGAGGCAGGUUUGGGGCUGGUGCUGUGCUGGGAGGUGACACUGCCGGUGCGGUGAGGAAGCUGCAGGGAGAUGCUGCCCGCGGCACCCAGCGUGUCCCGGUGCCCACCUGGCCAAGGCGGGGGCGGGCAGAGCAUCCAGCCGGGAUCCUCUGGGCAAUGCUCCGCCCUGGGUGAACUUCGGGGAAGGGGCUGAACCCCUCGGCUGUGCCUGGGGGUCUCUGGGGUUACUGGGGAGGUUUCUGGCAGCAGCCAGCGCUGGGGAUGGGGGAUUUUGGGGGUGUGCUUUGUUCUGGCAUCCUGGGGUGUCCGGACAACGAUCCCCAGCGUUCAGGGAGAGCUCCCCGCUGGCUCGGCAGCGUCGGCAAGACAAAGCUGGCAGGCGCUGGCAGCAGGAGGAGGGGAUGGGGCUGCCGGGAACUCGGGCACUUUUCCGGCAAUGUCCCGCCCACGC